AUGAGUUCCAAGAUGCAGCGAAAGAAACCCAACUUCAACGAAAAGUGGGAGGAGUUCAACCAAAACGGUGUCCUCGUCCUCUCCAAGUUCCUUAAAGAAGACUUCCAGAAGCUCGACCAGAUCGAAGAAGUGAAAGAUGUGCGAGUGUUCACGAACAAAGACUUCAUCGGGCUCUACAACAUCAUCUACAACCUGUGAGUGUUUCCGAAAGGAAGCUACCCGAAGACGCUGUACUCGAAGUAUGUCGAAGUCAACACUGUGUACCUCAACGAGAACGUGCUUCCCAACUUGCAUGACGUGGCAGGAACCAUCUUGCUUAGAAAACUUGCUAUGCAUUGGGACCAGCACAUCAAUAUUUGGACGAAAUGGCUUGGCAAGUGCUUUAAUUAUCUGAAUCAGCAUUUCGUGAAGCAAAAUUCCCUCGAAACAGUGUCACAAAAAGCAGAGUCUUUGUUCAAGACCCAAGUGUUCAUGAGCAUCAAAAUCAAUGUGUACAAGGCGAUUAUGGAAGAAUUUGAGAAAGAGAGGGAUGGUAAUGUAGUUGACACUCAUUCGCUCCAACAAACCAUUCAGAUGAUCAUUAGGUUUGGUGAGAAUAGAGAUAAUGAGGAAGAGGAUUUCUACAAAGAAUUAGAAGAAAUGUACAUUAAGGAGACCUCCCUUUACUAUAGCAUCAGAGGUCCCAAGUACCUUAAGGAAUAUACCUGAGAGGAGUACCUUCUCAAGGUCCUGAAAAUCAUCGAUUACGAAAAGGAUAGGGCUGAUAGAUAUAUGAAGCAGAGCAAAAUUGACAAAUUUAUAGCGAUUGUUCAGGACGAAUUAUUAUCAAAGAACCUUACCUCGCUUCUUGAUAAACCUAGUGGGUUGAACUACAUGCUCGAGAACCACAUAACCUCGCAGAUGGUUUUACUUUACCGCCUUUAUUCACCUUUACAGACAUGAUUGAAGGAAAUAGCAAAUAGAUUUAGGGCCUUCAUUACAAAGAAAGGAAAUAUGCUGGUGGAUCUCCUAGAAGAUCAUGUGUCUGAGUUUGAUCAGUCUUCAGUUGUCCAUAAGAUCCUUGAUUCAAAGUUUGUGCAAGAAAUUAUCACCUUUAUCGAGAGCUAUCGCUGGUCCUCAACAGCAGAAGCUCCUGACGGAAUGAUCAGUAGCAGAGGUAGCUCAGCAGCAUUUGGAGUAAUGAGCCGGCCGCAAAUGGCUUUUAAGGAUUCCUAUUUCCUAAGUGCAUUCCAGGCCGCAUUCUCUUCCUUCUUGAAUAGAUCAGUGAGGACCCACACUAUAGCCGAAGUUCUGGGUAGAUCUGUUGAUAAGGUCUUAAGGAAAGGGAACCAAGAUCAUACAGAAGUCCAGAUCAAUGAAUAUAUUGAAGCAAUCACUAAUAUUUUCACUUAUAUGGAGGAUAAGGACAUCUUCAUUGAGGUAUAUAGGUGAGGUCUCGCUAGAAGACUUCUUGACAACAAAAUUGCCUCCCUUGAGUAUGAGAAGGAGUUCAUUGGCCGGAUUAAAAUGAGCUGAGGCCCUCAAUAUACUAGCAAAGUGGAAGGUAUGUUGACUGAUGCCAACUCAGAAGUUGAUCUGGUGAGAGACUUUUUGAACUCAUCCCAGAAAGAUCAGAUAGAGCUUAAUUUUGAAGUAAAGGUUCUUACUGAUGGUCAUUGGCCUUCAUUUAAGUCUCCUCCAAUAGUCUUACCUCCUGAGAUAAGUAACUGAAUAGAAGUAUUUAACAAAUUUUAUGGGGAAAGGAACAAAAUGAAGCAUUUAGUGUGGUCUUAUAUGAAUGGAAAUUGUCAUGUGAGCUCUCGAUUGGGAGAGAAGCAGUAUAGCCUCAUAUUAUCGGUCUACCAGACGAGCAUAAUAUACCUUUUCAACUCUCAUUCUGAACUAACUUACACUGAGAUUCAAGAACUUUUGAAGACAGAUGAUAACUUGUUAAAGAAGAACUUGUUAUCCCUGGCUGUGAAAUCACGCUAUAGGAUCCUUUUAAAAUCUGGAAAUCCCAAAGAGAUCUCCCCCGCUGAUGUAUACAAAGUAAACGAAGGAUUCAAGAGCAGGCUCAAGGUUGUUUCAGUUCCCGUUCCUAUCCUAAAAGAGACAUUUAAUAAAGAAAGAGUAGAUAUUGACAGAACUCAUUCUAUUGAUGCAGCUAUUGUCAAAAUCAUGAAAUCGAGAAAGACCAUGACUUAUAUGCAUCUAAUGAAUGAAGUAAUGACAUUACUCCAAGUUUUCAAACCCACUUCAGUAAUAAUAAAGAGCAGGAUAGAAAGCCUAAUAGAAAGGGAAUACAUGGAGAGAGACUCCGAAGAUAGCCAGGUCUUCAAAUACCUCGCUUAGAGCUCUACUUCUGGUGAAUGAGGCUAUGUUCCGACAAGGUACUCUAAGUUAGCUGAAAGUAUAUAGCCAUACCUAUUUAGCUCUUGUUGUGGACUUAGCUGUCCAUUCGUCUUGAAGUAAGAUCGAAAGUGUUAAAAAAAUUCAAUAAA